GCGGUCAAACCACUCCGGCUCCACCCGUUUCCGCUCAUUUACGUUACGAUACAACACAGUUGGGAAGCAGCAGCUGCUAACUGUGCCUUACUCUGUGAGUGGCCGCAGGGUUCACCAUCCACCGUGCAGGGAACGCAGGAGAAAGUGAAACUACCCGGAGGUGAGCCAGCAAUGAGGCCAAGUUGUCAGAAGCAAAAGAUGUUUAGAUGGGAUGACACCUUCACUGCCUCCCCAUCAAAAUACAGGAAAUAUGCAACUCAGCUCUCACAGGACCAAACAGGCAAUAACAGUGGCUCGGGGUGUGAUCACACAGAUACCGCAGGAAAAAUCAUUCAGAGAACUGGCAAAGGACAGGAGCCAGUUGAUGACUGUAAUGAACAAAUGAAUGUCACUUCAAAUAUAAUUUCUUCAAAAAAUUCAGAUCAUUCACAAGACCAUAGUUUCUGCAAUUCAGAUCCAUGGAAAAAGAGUUAUCCACUGAGGAAAACUUUGUUUAGUAACAAAAAUCACCAUCGUCGAAGUUUUGUGCCAAGAUCUGUGCAGGUGGAGCCUGAGAAGAAUGUGGAAGCUGAAAGAAGUCCAUCUGCAGCAUUAAACAGUUCCACAAAACGAAGUUCUCAAUCUACGUCCUGGGUGGGAGAUGACAACGGUUUCAUUCAGCCAAAGACUCGGAAAGUAGUGCCACCACAGGGUACUAAAGUUCUCUACCUAAAGCCAUAUCAGAAGCUAUCGGUAGAGAUUUCUGGAAAACGCGACUGCACUGCCAUACCAAAGACACUGAGAAUGCUGAAGGGACGUUGGCUGGAUCUAUGCCAGCUAUAACGAAAGAUUGCAGGAAAACCAAAGAAAACAGUUGUCAGGAAACAACUCAUGUGGGUUGUUCUUCUCGGUACAGCAGUCAACAACGAGAAACUGAUGCUGAAAAUAAUUCUGUGGAGCAAAAAUGGAAAGGUGGAUUAAAGGCCAGUGAAGAAAACGUGGAUGAAAGACUAAACCCUAAGCUGGUGUCUGUUAAUGUAGCUAUGAAUAUCAGGACAAGUAUGAAAGAAAGAAGCAAUGAUCUUCCAGAAAAUGAGAUUGUUGGCUACAAGAAACUGAACUCUGAUGACGAUGCAUCCUUUGGAAGUGACUGGUCCGAUGUUGAAGAUCCCACUCUAAUAGCUACUUUUUCACAAGGAGAUUCCAGUCCAACAAUUAACCUGGAAAAUUCCAAAUCUGAUACUCCAUUGAACACCAAAUAUAUUCCACAACCACCUCUCAUGUAUUCUACCCCUUCCUAUCCACAUUCAAAAAAUUGGUCAAGCCCCCAAACUCCUCAGCGACCUUUGCUACCCAGCAGUUUUAAUGAUGACUGCUGUUAUCAUAACUUCCGUGAUGAUGAAACAGAACCUUUUCCAACACAUUCAAAACAAUUUUUACAAGGUUCACAGUCUGUUAAUUGCAAUAACUUGUCUUUUGAGUCAUUAGGUUAUUCACCACAUCAGUUUGAACAUAGUAAUAACAUGGAUUUUAGUAAAGGUUCCUUCAACUCAUCAUUUGAAGAUUCAGAAAGUUUGGAUGAUAAUUGGAGACUGAAUUACCAAAGGGAAGGCUUUGUGGACACACAUUGCCAUCUGGACUUUUUAUACUCUAAGUUAUCCUUCAAGGGAACUUUUGCAAAGUUUAUGAAAGUUUAUGACAGCACGUUUCCAGCUGAAUUUCAUGGCUGUAUCACUGAUUUCUGUGACCCUCGUAGUCUAGUUGUUGGGAACUUGUGGGAAAGUUUACUGGAAGAACCUCUUGUCUGGGGUGCUUUUGGCUGCCAUCCACAUUUUGCCCGUUACUACACAAAUUUACAAGAAGGCGCAAUUAUCCAAGCACUGAGACAUCCGAAAGCUGUUGCUUUUGGAGAGAUGGGUUUGGACUAUUCAUAUAAGUGUUCAACAGACAUCGCUAAACAAAAACAGGUCUUUGAGAGGCAGCUAAAGCUUGCGGUGGCAUUAAAGAAGCCACUCGUCAUCCACUGCAGGGACGCUGAUCAAGAUCUUUUUGAGAUAAUGAAAAUCCAUGUGCAGAACUACAGAAUUCAUAGGCAUUGCUUCACAGGCUCUUAUGAGGUGAUUGAACCAUUUCUACAGGAAUUUUCAAAUUUAUCUGUUGGAUUCACUGCCUUGAUCACCUAUCCAACUGCUGGUGUGACCAAGGAGGCUGUCAGAAAAAUCCCAAUGGAACGGAUUGUUGUGGAGACUGAUGCGCCAUACUUCUUACCAAGAGGGGUCUCCAAAGGGGUUUGUACCCAUUCCCAUCCAGGACUUGGCUUGUACACUGUAAUGGAAAUUGCAAGGCUGAAAGCGAUGAAACUGUCCAAAGUUCUUUAUGCACUGAGAAAAAAUACCCAUGAUCUAUAUGGAAUAUAAACAACUGACAAAAUCUAUCAGAAAAUAUAAUCCUAGUUACUUGUGUUUUGAACAUAUGGGUCCAAAAAAUGAUUUACAUGACAAAUAAUGUCAGUUUAGUCUAUUCAUUUUCCAGCUAUGCCUUUUUAAGUUUACAUAAUUUUAGUUUUAUUUUUAAUUGAGUCCUGCAUAUUUGUAAUCAACUUUGAGUACUAGAUGUUGCAAUUGUAACUCCAGAUAAUUACUAUAUUUGAAAGAUUAUUGGACACUUAAAUCUCUGACUAGCUUUGCUGAUUUGCAAUUCAAACAUGAUGUCCAUAUGGGUCACAAACCCAACUGGCUUGUGUUUUGUUCCUGGACACCAAACCCAACCAGGCACUAGGUGUGUAGACUGGGGGUUGACAGACUGAGAGUUGGGAGGGGGAGUGGAAGAAUGGGGAGAGAAGAAAGUUGUCUGUGGGGGAGUAAGAGAGAAGUCUGAGGUGAAUGGGAAAGAGAAGGGUGGGGAGCAAAGGUGGGGAUGGGAACAGGGCAGGAAGUGGGUAGAGGGCAGGGAUAGAGUGGGUUCUGAGGCAGUCCAAUGGGCAGAGAGAGCUGUGAGGUCAAGAAAGAUUGUGGAGUCUUGGGGAGCUGAAUGUGGGUUAGAGGAAAUGUCAGAUGAACACAGCAGCCAUAGCCACACUUCUCAAAUUAUACUCCUCCACUUCAUUUGUGAACAGACCCAUGGAGACUGAUGCUAAUAUGUCUGAAUAAACUGCAUGUGUGUGUUAAAGCAGUGUGAUGUCCAAGCUUGAACCUGUUCACUUUUUGUGUAUUUGUACAACUAUUUAAAAUAGCAUCUACUAAAAGUUGCCUUACUACACAUCCUGGCUGCUUUGCUGGUUCUGCAACCAACUUAGCUCUAGAUUCAAUUUAUUGACCUAAAACCUACCUCUCCGAGAGCCAAGAGUGAGGGACAACUUAUGAAGGAUAGAAAGGCAGUUAGUGGAAGUUCAAAUAGCUCAACACGGGUGUUGUUGAUUCCAUUCACAGUAUGCAGGGUGCUAAGCC